AUGAGCCGGCUGAACGCUUCUGUGUUUACAACUUCAUAUUUGCAGCUGUGCCUUGCACUUUUUAUUCUAAUCAUUUGUACGAAGACGCAUAGUGUAUUCGCUAACGAUGGUCACAACAAAGAAUCAUGGAUAAAUUGUGAUCAGGAAAAAGUAUAUGUUUUGAAACGUGAUAUACCGGAUGACGUUCGCUUGACUCGACGUGGUGUUUGGUCUCGAUUAUUUCGACAAGAAUACAAUCCAACGCGAGGAAAUAAUCAUGUAUAUUAUUCACCAACAGCGCCUGUUCAUUUGGGUAAUAUAAACGUAAUACCGUUUGAUAAGCGCACAAUUCCAAUUGAGCUUCAAAAAGCUCUCUUUGCUCACGGAAUUAUCGGUCGACGACGACGUUAA